UUACUAAUCCCACUCCAGUGACUUGACUUUAAAUGUGGUUUUGGAGUGUAUCCCGGAGUUCUGUUUGCUAGGCUUCCUACUCCUGUUUCAGAGACACCACUGGAGAUCGAUGAGAGAGAGCGCUGCAGGCUGCCCUCCUUCUGUAGACCUGUUGUUUUUUUUUCUUCUUUUUAACAUCUGAAGGAAAUCAAUGGAUACCAACAUGAUCUGUUUAUUUUUCUUUUUUUCUUUGCCUACACUUGCAGUGGGGAAUCACACUGGGCGCAUCAAGGUGGUCUUUACACCCAGCAUCUGUAAAGUGACUUGUACCAAGGGCAAUUGUCAGAACAACUGUGAGAAGGGAAAUACCACCACCCUCAUUAGUGAAAAUGGUCACGCUGCUGACACUCUGACAGCCACUAACUUCCGAGUAGUUAUUUGUCACCUUCCGUGCAUGAAUGGAGGCCAGUGCAGCUCUCGAGAUAAAUGCCAGUGCCCUCCUAAUUAUACUGGUAAACUCUGUCAGAUCCCAGUGCAAAGUGCCAAUGGUGCAAAACUUUACCAUCAUCCACAGCAGGCAAAUAAAGCCAUAGGAUCUCAUAUCAUCCAUUCGACGCAUACUUUACCACUGACUAUGUCCGGCCAGCAAGGAGUAAAAGUGAAGUUCCCUCCUAACAUAGUAAAUAUCCAUGUGAAACAUCCCCCUGAAGCCUCAGUACAGAUCCAUCAAGUGUCAAGGAUUGAUAGCACAUCAACAGGACAGAAAGUAAAAGUAUCCCAGCCGGGACAUCCCCAGGUCCCUUAUCAAGGUCUUCCAUACCAGAAGACCCAGAAAGGACAUAUUUCUUACUCGAGUCAGCAACCCAUUCCUCACGUGUUUCCUGCUUCUGCUAAAACUCAGCUUGGGCGCUGCUUCCAGGAGACUAUUGGAACACAGUGUGGCAAAGCACUCCCUGGUCUUUCAAAGCAAGAAGACUGCUGUGGAACUGUGGGUACUUCCUGGGGCUUUAAUAAAUGUCACAAAUGUCCCAAGAAGCCAUCUUAUCCAGGAUACGGUCAAAUGCUGGAAUGCCCUCAAGGUUACAAGAGGAUCAAUGCUACCUUUUGUCAGGACAUUAAUGAAUGCCUGCUGCAAGGGGUAUGCCCUAAUGGGGAGUGCUUGAAUACGAUGGGCAGCUACAGAUGUACUUGCAAAAUGGGAUUUGUUCCAGACCUUACUCUUUCAAGAUGCAUACCUGAUAAUCCUUUGGUCUCUGAAGAGAAAGGGCCCUGUUACCGGUUUGUCAGUGCAGGAAAGCAGUGCAUGCACCCUCUCUCUGUUCAGCUCAGCAAGCAGCUCUGCUGUUGCAGUGUUGGCAAGGCCUGGGGCCCACACUGUGAGAAAUGUCCCCUUCCAGGAACAGCUGCUUUUAAGGAAAUCUGCCCUGGUGGAAUGGGUUAUACGGUUUCUGGCUCUCACAGAAACAAGCUAUAUCAUCACCCUGCAGUUAGAGUACAGCCACCUGUCAUUGGCAAGACCCAGAUUACUCAGCCUGUUGCUAAAGGUACUUCUCCUCCACCUCUCCCAGCAAAGGAAGAGCCAGUGGAGGCACUGAGCUUCUCACAGAAAAGUGAGCCUGAGGUGGCUGUGCAAGAAGUGGCAACUGCAGCCCCUGAGCAGGAAUUAGCUUCACUUGAUGAUCAAGAAAAAACUAUACUAGAGCCUGGUCAGCCUCAGCUUUCUCCUGGAAUUUCAACAAUUAACCUGCAGCCACAGUUUCCAGCAGUUGUGGUUGAGAGAACCUCCCCGCCCCUGCCUGUUGAAGUUGCUCCAGAAGUCUCUACAUCAAGUGCAAGUCAAGUAAUUGCACCUACUCAAGUUACAGAAAUCAAUGAAUGCACAGUGAACCCCGAUAUCUGUGGAGCAGGACACUGUGUUAAUUUGCCUGUGGGAUACACCUGCAUCUGCUACGAGGGCUACAAGCUUAAUGAACAACAAACAAAAUGUUCUGAUAUUAAUGAGUGUACUCAUACACCUCAUUUAUGCUCCCUUGGACGCUGUGAAAAUACAGAAGGAAGUUUCCUAUGUAUUUGCCAAGCAGGGUUCAUGGCUAAUGAAGAAGGAACAGACUGCGUUGAUUUCGAUGAAUGCUUGAGACCUCACACCUGCGGAGAAGGCUUUUGUAUAAAUACUAUCGGCUCGUAUAGAUGUGAAUAUUGUGACAGUGGAUACCGAAUGAAUAGAAGAGGUCAAUGUGAAGAUAUUGAUGAAUGCCUGAAUGAGAGUACUUGUCCAGAUGCACAGUGCAUUAAUGCUCCUGGCUCGUAUCAGUGCGUUCCUUGCACGGAUGGAUUCAGAGGCUGGAAUGGACAAUGCCAUGAUAUAGAUGAAUGCCAGUAUGGCAGUUACUGUACAAAUGGACAUUGUGAAAACACUGAGGGAUCUUUCAGAUGUACUUGUAACUAUGGUUAUAAACUGUCUGCAGCAGAGGUUCAGUGUGAAGAUAUAAAUGAAUGUCAGCAAACAGCUCUGUGCACAAAUGGGCAUUGCAGAAACACAGAUGGGUCUUUCAGGUGUAUUUGCAAACAAGGUUACACACUAUCAUCUACGGGAGACCAGUGUGAAGAUGUUAAUGAAUGCUUCCAAGACAGUGAUAUUUGCCUUGGAGGAAACUGCAUGAAUACUGAUGGAUCUUAUGAGUGCAUUUGUCCAGAUGGCUUUCGGCAGAUGGCCAGCAGGGGUUGUCAAGAUAUCAAUGAAUGUGAAGAAUCUCAACUGUGUUUGCCUCAUGGGGAAUGCAUAAAUACAGACGGUUCUUUCCACUGCACUUGUGAGCAGGGCUUUUCAGUAUCUACAGAUGGCCGAACAUGUGAAGAUGUUGAUGAAUGUGUUAACAGCACUCUAUGUGGCAAUCAUGGGUUCUGUGAAAAUACAGAUGGCUCCUACCGCUGCCUCUGUUACCAAGGGUAUCAGGACCCCCAGGAUGGGCAAGGGUGUGUCGAUGUGAAUGAAUGUGAAAUGCUGAGUGGCGUAUGUGGUGAAGCCCUUUGUGACAACGUAGAAGGUUCCUUCUUGUGUUUGUGUUCUGAUGACAAUCAGGAGUAUGACCCAAUGACUGGACAGUGUCGCUUCCGUACCUCACCAGAAUUACCGGUAGAUGCUGAUCAAUCUGAAAAUGAAAAGAAGGAAUGCUACUACAAUCUAAAUGAUGCUAAUUUCUGCGAUAAUGUGCUGACAGCUAACGUUACCAAACAAGAAUGCUGCUGUACUUUGGGUGCUGGUUGGGGUGAUAACUGUGAAAUCUUCCCCUGCCCUGUCUUUGGAACUGCUGAAUUUACUGAUUUGUGUCCUGAAGGAAGAGGUUUCAUCCCCUCCAGUGAUUCAUCUUAUGGAGUCAUUGCACAGAAUUACAAAGAUGCAGAUGAAUGCCAACUGUUUGGACAAGAGAUCUGUAAAAAUGGUUUCUGUUUGAAUACACAGCCAGGUUACGAGUGUUACUGCAAACAAGGCACAUACUACGACCCUGUUAAACUCCAGUGCUUUGAUACUGAUGAAUGUCAAGACCCAGAUAGCUGUAUUGAUGGCCAGUGUGUUAACACUGAAGGAUCUUACAACUGUUUCUGUACACACCCAAUGGUUCUGGAUGCUUCAGAAAAGCGAUGUAUCAGACCAGCAGAUACAAGUGAACAAACUGAAGAAACUGAAGUCUUCCAGGACCUUUGCUGGCAAUAUCUGAGUGAUGAUUUUGUUUGUAGUCAACCUCUGGUGGGAAAGCAGACUACAUACACUGAGUGCUGCUGCUUAUAUGGUGAGGCCUGGGGCAUGCAGUGUGCCCUGUGUCCCAUGAAGGACUCAGGUAAGGAAUUAUAUAUUUCAGUUACUGGGAUGCCUUUUGGGGCACUUGAUCAGUUUAAUUCCCUUGCAGUGUGUUUUCAGUACCUGAAAUAAUAGCAAAAAAAAAAAAAAAAGAGAGAAAGAAAAAAAGAAAGAAACUGGCUACCCUGUAUUAAAUGGAAAUCAGAUCCAGAUUUACAAAAAGGGUCUUUACUUUUUGAUGCCCCACUUUUGGGGUAUCUGGCAUAAAUACAUAACAUCCUGGAUUUGCAAGGUGCUGAAAACUUAUCACUACCAUUAAACUUCAACUGGAAAUGCCAGUAAUGAGUCAUCUCUGAAAAUCCAAGCUUCGAAUGUUGUGGGGCAAGAGGGGUAUUUUGAUAUGCUGAAAAUUUAGGCCUAAUACUUGAAAUAUUCUGCAGAGCA